UGCCGUGUCGCAAUAAAGUCAAUGCUUACGAGAGCCAUAAUGAACCAAACUCGAGCGCCAAAGCUGGCUUGCUCUCCCUCUGCUAUGGUCCAGCUGGAUAUAAGAAACACCCUUGACUCGGUCAUACCGGGUCGGCAAGUGCAGGCACAAAGAGCGCUAAAGCACGUCUAAAAGCGCGAUAAGGCAGUCCCGAACAUCGGGUUCGCGCUCCCCUAUCCUAGCCACCACAUCAAUCUCAACCGGGCGGCACCAGUUGUGAGCCUCUUUGUCCCUCCUUUGCUCGCUUACAGAAGGUGCGAUGCUAUCUCGGGGAUGAUCCGAUGCUGUUUGGAGUCAUAGUUGGGCGCCCGCGGGACUUCCUUUUCUGGUUGCUUUCUUGCAUGACAUCGCUGCUGCUUCUACGAUGUCGGUCUAGCAAAAGUCAGAUAAGCGUGGCACCGCAUGGUCACAACAUGAGUAGAGAUGAUGAUGAUGAUAGGUUUGCAAAAAGCAGCAGCAUCGUCGACGACCAAUCGCUCCGUGUGUCACGAGGCAAGGGCGUGGAGAAACAAGUCUACAGAUCAUCUGUCAAACCAAUGGAACCAAGCUGUCAAUCCAACCGCAUCUGGAUCUGUGCUCGACAGCUCUCCAAUUUCCCGGAAAGCAGCACCGGCUGGGCUAAUAAACCGCCGAGGAUGAAGGAUACCUUCACGUUCCAAACACGACCAAUGAAGUUGCUUCCCUCCCCACGUUCCAUUGCCCUUGGCUGGCUCGCGAGCACCGCACGUUGACGUUUCUUUCUUCAUCUCUGUUUUUUCUCCUUGAACUGACAUGACACUCGGGGGGUUCUGGAAGCUCCAGCAGCCAAAGGAU